UAGUCAUGGUGCUUUGGGAAUCCCCGCGGCAGUGUAGCAGCUGGACACUUUGCGAUGGCUUUUGCUGGCUGCUGCUGCUACCGGUGAUGUUACUCAUCAUUGCCCGGCCCGUGAAACUUGCAGCUUUCCCUACCUCCUUAAGUGACUGUCAAACGCCUACCGGCUGGAACUGUUCUGGUUAUGAUGACAGAGAAAAUGAUCUCUUUCUUUGUGACACCAAUACCUGUAAAUUUGAUGGGGAAUGUUUAAGAAUUGGAGACAGUGUGACUUGUGUCUGUCAGUUCAAG